GGACUGAGAGAGAAAGAGAGCAAUGAAGGGUGUUGAAGGGUCGAAGGAUUACUGAGAUGAAUAUUUAUUCGCAAUUUGCUCAUUUUUGCGACGCUCUAGAGAGAAGCCUUCCGAAAUAGGGUAGUAAUCCUUGAGCCAAAAAGAUUGCUUUCACUAUGAUUUCUAGCACUUCAGCAUAAAUGAGUUUCUGUGUUUGAAGCAAAUAGAUUAUAAGAGCGUGAAACAACUUGAAGAGUAAAACACUUUUUGGAUAAACCAUGAUAGCAAUUUGGCUCAUUAACCUACUUUUCAAUGAACAACAGUCGGAAUAAGGAAUUAGAGGAAAGGGAUUUUACCAAUAACCAACCUCGUCUCGGAUUAACCUCUCUCGUGGAAGCAUAGCGAGAAUUAGUUGUACUAGUAGAGUUACACCUAUUUAUUUCUUCUUCCCCAAACACACAAUGUGAUCUUUAUAUUUUUUAUCUUUUAGAUAGAAAGACAGUUUUGUUAUGAUGCAUUACAAUUUUGUGGACAAACUUAUCUAAAAGAUGAGCAUAACUUUCCCGUCUUUUUGAUCAACAAAAGGAUGCUUGCCUGUAUUCAGCUUCAUAUUUUAGAAUGUAAACUCAGAAUCAAGACAUAUAUCCUGUUAUAUUAUUUUCUGUACCAAAUGUUAUAUUCUAUUUUAACGCUUUUAAUUGAUAAAAAGACGUUGCCAGAGUUCUUUUGCAUUUGCGUGGUUGUGGUCCAUAAAUGUUUGGUUUUUGAAUUUUCUUUGUCGCGAAAUAAACCGCGUUUAAUACAUCGUUCGGAAAAAAACCCUCCUAAUUCUAAGUGCUAAUUUGAAGUUGCUAAUUUACGUUUUUAUUUGCUAAGAAAUGCAAACAUUUUUGUGUUUCAAUUACGUGAAUGGGUUUCCAUCUUAAGCCAUGUGUGCAGCUACAAGCUACUUCAUCGUCAAUCGGAAUAAAGUGGUGACAUUUUAGUUUCCUUUCACGCAACCUCUUAAAUUGAUAAGCCCUUCAAUGAGACGCACAAACAGAAUCCAACGGCGGGAAGUUAUCUAGAGAGUAAGACAAACAUCGAGGGCGGAAGUGUCGUUUUGUGGUUACCACGCUAAUGAACAGCUGCACCUUGUACACCGAGGUAAUCCCAAUAAAAAGUACAGUAGUGUUUUCACACGGUCAUUUCUAUCCCAGUUUCCCGGUGUUACCCCUUUAUCGAUGGAUGGUACAACUCCACAUCCCUCACUUCAAAAAUUCGCGCUUUCUCUCUUCAAUCGCACUUUUCCUCUCACCGUGGUAGAGUCCGUGUUUUGCUCGCUUUUAAUAAUGGCUGCGCUGAUAGGGAAUUUUCUAGUGUUGUGGAUCGUUUACAAGAAUCGCGCACUUCGUACUAUCCCCAACCAGUUUGUUGUGUCCCUCGCCGUGUCUGACAUCUUGAUGGCGGCGAUUUGCGCUCCACCGUGCCUGUCCGUCCUCAUCGCUGGUACACGGACUUUCGGAGAUUUUAUCUGCCAACUUCAAGGCUUCGCUAUCGCCGCCUUGGCAUGCGUUUCCCUACUGACCAUGACCCUUGUGGCGAUAAACAGGUACUUUCUAAUCGUUCGCCCCCAUCAGUACCGCAGGAUCUUCACACCCUUGAAUACUAAGCUCAUGAUUCUCGGCGUUUGGUUGAUCUCGUGCACAGAGCCACUCCCUUACCUGCUGUCUGGCCACCGCUACGAGUAUCACGCCGGCAAAGUCUUCUGCUUCCAGGUAUUGGAGGUGAACUUCUUCACACUCCUUGGCUACGUCUACGUGGCGCUGCCCGUGAUCGCGCUCACCUCUCUCUACUUCUCGGUGUUCAGGGUGAUCCGGGCUCACCAGGCGACGCUGCGAUCACUGCGCAAGGCGUCGUGCUGUAGCGACAAAGCGAAGGAGACCUCCGCAGUCAACGGUAGGGUCUCAGUAGAGGACAUAACGGUUACCCGUACGCUCUUCUUCACCGUCUGCGGCUUUCUGAUUUGCUGGAUUCCCAUCAGCAUCGUGGACUUUAUCGGGUUCGGCCAGGCUUCCUGGAUGUUACCAAGACAGGUCUACUUGAUGUACACCUUCCUAGGCCAGCUUAGUACCACGCUGAACCCUGCUAUAUAUGGUGUAAUGAACAAGACCUUUCGCGAGGAGUAUCGUAAGUUGUUCAGCUUUGGCUGGGGAAAGUCGUCUUGCUUGGGACACUCACAGGGAGAAGGUCAAGGGAAUGAGUCAGACGGGUCUGGGCAAACCAAGGAAACGAAAUGCUCCAUCGUGUGAAUCACUAUAGAAUUAUCUACUUUAUGUGUUACGAGGAGACUGAACCACAGAAUAAAAUCCCCUUGGAAGUUUAGGGCCAGGGAUUCGCAAAGACUAUUGUGCAGAGAAUAACUGCUACUUAUUGUGAGCAAUUCUAGGAGAAAAUGUUUGAUGCUUUAUCGUGUAUACGAUUGCAAGCAGACUAAACCAGCGGUUUGCCCAAGGAAUUCGGCUAUCGAAUUAGACAAUCGAAUCGAGACCUGCUUCUCGUUCGCUAAAGUUAUUAAAGGAUCAGUACAAUCGCUAGAUUCCAGGGCAAGAGAUGCCUGUCGUGUCUAUUGCAGUAAAAGCAAGUUAAUGCUUUCAUUUAAACUCUUGGUUUUCCUCUUUGGGCGUAAUCGAACACGGAAAUGAACAGGGAUGAAGGAGGCCGACACAACUCUAAAGCAGCUUCUAACAGAAAGACUUCGUUUUUUUAACAUCAGACUGGAUAAAAAUGCUCGCAAUACGCUUUUGAGGGAAGGUUCUGUUACCGUCUUCAAGCUUUCUUUCAAUAAUUUAAUACAAUAUUUAAUUAAUUUAAUUCCUUCCGUGAAACGCUCUUAUCCCGUAAACACGUAGCAACGAAGUGCUAGCAGAUAAGACUAAGCUGACUGCCAAAAUCGCUUUUCUGUCAGGCAAUACAAUAAACACACGUCGGUGUUUUGCUUGUUAAUUAGUGCUUUUUUCGUCUAAUUAUAUAAAUUGUCUGCGUUUUUAACAUUUCAAUUAAAAUGUGAAAAUAAAGGACUCACGUUCCAGA